AUGACAAUGGAAACGACCGAGGGCCCGAAACGCAACACCACAUAUCAUCCGACACCAGGUGAAAUUGAAUGUCCAUGCGGACUAAGGGGCUUGAAGGACUCAAGAAGCCGAAGAAUUGGAUGGCGCGAAAAAUGUCCGGAACGUCCAUGGGAUGUUAUACUUGAUUCGUUUGGUCCUCUGCUCCGGGGGCGAGAUGGACCGAGUGGCUUGGGCAACCUGGCAGUAUCCCAGCCCUCGUGCCUCCUUCGUGUGGCAUGGCAGGUAGGCACCGAAAGGGGGCUACAGCUGGACGACUUUUAUUUUAUCGAUUCUGCUCCUCUGAAGCCUCAUUUCAGCGAAACUAUCAGGGACCAGGAUGACUCUCUGAUACCUAGCAAAGGAGAACAUUUGAACCAUUGGACAACAUUCGGAAUCAUUACUUUGAGAAUAGUUGGUCACCCGCUACCUCAACUUCUGAAUGCUAGCCUUCAUCAGAAAGGUAGACUGAAUAUGGAGUCGCCUUCAACCUCAAAGGUGCCCGAGGGUAUAUCUCUACUCAAAGGUCAUCAUGCUGCUGUUAGUGACGGUCGUCCAUUAGCCCUGUUCAGCGCUGGUAUAACUACGGUUGUAACCAGGCUUCUGUCAUCUCUAAAUGUUGGUCCCCUUACACAGGCACGCGAGUUUUCGAUCCGUGAGCAUCAGUUGGGUUUCUGUCACGGUAGUGGCUGCGUCGAUCAUAUCUUCACACUCCGUCAGGUUACGUUGGUUAGGACAUACCUGAGGACCGCCUGCUUGUCAGAGCUCUUUCCACCCAGCCCUGUGCUGUAUGGAAAUGACCGAGAGGCGGCAGUGUAUGAUGUGGCGACGAAGUACACUCGAUAUUGGAUUAUUCCGAGCGGGGCUCAAUCGCUUAAUGGUCAGAGCACGAAUUUACUGACUGGAAGGUCCUUGGUUCGAACCCGAUCUCUAUCUCUCGACUUCCUCUGUCUAGGCUUCGGCAACUUGGCAGUGCUUUCUCGGCCCUCUACAAUUUUUGCUGGCCAAUACUUGAACACCAGCAUUUUGGAGACCUUCCGGCGUUCACAUUAUAUUCUCAUCGGUCACAAACUUGAAGAAAAAUGGACGACAUGGACGUCCUUGCUUGGGCAACCUGGCACUAUCCCAGCCCUCAUGCUUCCUUCUGGUGGCAUGACAGUCAGGCAUCGAAAGGGUGCUACAGCUGAACGGUUCCAGCCUAUUGUCCGACUAUAUUUUUCAAUUCUUUCAACCGAAAUGGGUAUCCUGGAUAAAAUAGCGGAGAUUGAAAACGAAAUCGCUCGAACCCAAAAGAAUAAAGCUACCGAGUACCACUUGGGCCUUCUCAAGGCUAAGCUGGCAAAGUAUCGCAGCCAGUUAUUGGAGACACAAGAAAAAUCUUCUGGAAAGGUAAAGUACGGGUCAGUCAUUACUUUAACGAGAAUAGGGUGA